CAUGACCCCUACCUGCUGCGUGCGUAUGUAAGUAUAGGAACCUAUCCCCCUCCUCUACCAUGCACGUCGUUCCUAUCUUCCGGAACAGCAAGGGUCUGCUCUUACCACGUGGAAGCAGAGCACCAAGGAGCCAUCUCUGGCGCAUCGUCUUCAAAGUUUACGCUGUGGCGCUCGCCACGCUCUGCUCGGCAUUUUCCUGCCAAUGGAUGGGGGGAUUCGGACCCAGGCGUUCACCACCAACGGACCCUCCUGUGCCCUCGCGUGGAAUGGAUCAAUGCCAUGAUGCAUUUUGUCUACCCUCCAGCCAGCGGCAGGUCUAACCAUCUUCAUGCGCUGAGCACUGUAAGCCAACCAAACCCAAUGACGAGGGCCCACUUAGCAAGUGUUGUAGCGCCCUGCAUGCCUCCACCAUGGCGGCAUUACUCCAUCGAAUAUACGAAC